AUGAAUGCCAUAGUGGAGGUGUUUGCAUUCUUUCUUGGUUUUCUGGGCUGGCUGAUGGUUGGGAUUGCUCUGUCUAAUCGAAACUGGAAGGUGUCCACAGUGGAGGGUAAUGUUAUCACCACAUCCACCAUCUACGAGAACCUCUGGAUGUCCUGUGCCACAGACUCGACAGGAGUCCACAACUGCCGUGACUUUCCAUCAUUACUGGCACUGAAUGGGUACAUCCAGGCCUCACGGGCUCUCAUGAUUGCAUCCAUCGUCUUCGGGACAUUUGGUCUUGUAGCGACUCUGGUUGGAAUGCAGUGUUCAAAAAUCGGAGGAGAAAACUAUGUCCUAAAAGGAAGGAUUGCUGCCAUAGGAGGAGUGUUCUUUCUAUUGCAAGGAAUUUGCACCAUGAUUGCUGUGUCCUGGUAUGCAGCCAACAUCACACAGCAGUUUUUUGACCAGUUCUAUCCAGGGACAAAGUAUGAGAUUGGAGAGGCCCUGUACAUUGGUUGGUCUUCAGCAACACUGGCCAUUUGUGGAGGGGCAUGUCUCCUGUUUGCAUGCAAAGGAAAGACAACAGAUGAAAAAGUGCCCUAUCCGUACCAGCCAUCCUCUAGAGGCCAUGUCUUUUCAGUUACGGCACCAUCUCAGUCUGUGCCCAGCAACUAUGGGAGAAAUGCUUAUGUUUAAAAAGUAAAAACAAAAAACAAAACAAAAAACACUGCAUUUGCUAUUGUUUUCAAUUUAUGUAAUAUACAGAGGUGAGCUUUGAUUUAAAUAAAACAUUAAAAACACAGACAAAAACAAUCAAACAAAAACUAUAAUUUUGAUUUAUAGCACUGUAUAUUCAGGUCUUCUCUCAACCAUGUACUUUUCUGUUAUGUUAUAUUUUGCUGUUUUAUAUUUCCUUUUGUGCAAUUUUGUUUUGUGUGUCUACCAUAAACAGUUACUGGAGUUAAUGACAAUCCAAACCAUGAGAAUUCCACAUUUAAGUUACAGCCAAAAAACUGAGAUUUUAACCUUUUAGACUUCAUGUGUAUUGUGUUAUUGUUUUUAUACAUAAUUAAUAAAGUAACAAUAAACAUAGAUACUUCUUUUGAGUGCAAUUUGUAAAGGAUAUUUUGAGUAGCUAUAGCACCACCCGGAGGCAAUUAUAAGGCCACCCAUAUUACUUAGCUAAAUUUAGUUCAAUUGUACA